AUGGUCCGCGGGGCCCGCCCGGGGCCUCGCCUGAGCACGAUCUUUAACCCAGGCGCCUCCAGCAUGGCAGCUGCCGAAGUGCCCGGCUACCUGGUGUCCCCUCAGACAGAGAAGCACCGGCGGGCCCGCAACUGGACCGACGCCGAGAUGCGCGGCCUCAUGCUCGUCUGGGAGGAGUUCUUUGACGAGCUCAAGCAGACCAAGCGCAACGCCAAGGUGUACGAGAAGAUGGCCAGCAAACUCUUCGAGAUGACCGGCGAGCGCAGGCUGGGCGAGGAGAUCAAGAUCAAGAUCACCAACAUGACCUUCCAGUACAGGAAAUUAAAAUGCAUGACAGAUAGCGAGUCUGUCCCGCCUGACUGGCCCUAUUACCUAGCCAUUGAUAGGAUUCUGGCCAAGGUCCCUGAGUCCUGUGAUGGCAAACUGCCGGACGGCCAGCAGCCGGGGCCCUCCACGUCCCAGACCGAGGCGUCCCUGUCGCCGCCUGCUAAGUCCACCCCUCUGUACUUCCCGUAUAACCAGUGCUCCUACGAAGGCCGCUUUGAGGACGAUCACUCCGACAGCUCCUCCAGCUUACUGUCCCUUAAGUUCAGGUCAGAGGAGCGGCCAGUGAAGAAGCGCAAGGUGCAGAGCGGCCACCUGCAGAAGAAGAAGCUGCGGCUGCUGGAGGCCAUGCUGGAGGAGCAGCGCAGGCUGAGCCGCGCCGUGGAGGAGACCUGCCGCGAGGCGCGCCGCGUGCUGGACCAGCAGCACGUGCUGCAGGUGCAGAGCCUGCAGCUGCAGGAGCGCAUGAUGAACCUGCUGGAGAAGAUCAUCGCCAAGUCCAGCGUCUAGGCCUGCUGGGCCGGCCGCCAGGGCCGGGUGGCCGGGGCGCCACUCAGGCCUACCGUGCCAGCUGCGCCCAGCGGCCCGCCCCCCGGCAGGGCCCUGGGAAAGGGGGCGGCCUUCCA